CAGCCAUUUUAUAUGAUGUGACCUUUUUUUUUCUCUCUCUCUCUCUCUCUCUCUCACUCUUCCCAUACAUUUUCAUUGUGUAGGCCAUCGACAGCAACAGUAUCUGUCUGUCUGUCCGACUGUCUGUCUGUCUGUGAGAAACUGACUGACCGACCGACCGACCGACUGUCUGCGGCCAACCAACCAACCAACCAACCCGAACAUCCGAGAUCAUCGUUGUCGUCGCCGCCGUUUGCCGUGUGUGUGUGUGUGUGGUCACCGCCACCGCCAUCAGCCGUGUGUGUGGUCAUCGAUCACUGAUCUGAUCCCAAAAAUAAACAUUUUUUUCAAGAUAUAGCGAGUGGUGACCAUCUUAUUGCUUCAUUACGAACGCAUUCAGAUUUGACGACAUCCUUCCCAUUAUGUAUCCAUUGGGCGGUCAACCUCCCGGACCACCAGGCGGUCCGCGAGGUAUGACACCGAUGGCGCCCCCGCAGAUGGCUCCCGGACAGCAACAGCCGCCAAUUGGACCGCCAAUGGGUUCGAUGAUGAUGCCCGGCGGCGGCGGCGGUGGUGGUGGCGGCGGCGGUAUGCCCGGACUACCAGCUGGACUACAAGGUGUUCCUGGAGGACUGCCCGGAGUACCGGGACCGGCCGGCCUGGACGCUGUUCUGCCAGUAAUGUUUGUCUGUCCGCGACGGCCAAACGUCGGUACCGAUGGUCGUCUGAUUACUCUACGGGCCAAUCAUUUCCAGAUAACAAUGCCCCGUGGAUUUCUACAUCACUACGACAUUACCAUUACGCCGGAUAAGUGUCCCAGAAAAAUUAAUCGGGAAAUUAUCGAAACAAUGGUUCAGUCAUAUUCCAAGAUAUUUGGAACCCAGAAACCGGUGUUUGACGGCAGAAAAAAUAUGUAUACCAGAGAUGAUCUGCCGAUCGGAAGGGAUAAGGUUGAGCUCGAAGUGACACUACCGGGUGAGGGCAAAGAUCGUGUGUUUCGGGUGGCCAUCAAAUGGGUUUCGCAGGUUAGCCUCAAUACGUUGGAAGAGGCAUUGGAGGGAAACGCCCGAACAAUUCCAUUGGAUUCCAUACAAGCGCUGGACGUAGUGAUGAGACACUUGCCGUCGAUGACUUACACACCGGUUGGCCGUUCGUUUUUUUCGUCGCCCGACGGCUACUAUCAUCCGCUCGGUGGCGGCCGCGAAGUAUGGUUUGGUUUUCAUCAAAGCGUACGGCCAUCCCAGUGGAAGAUGACGCUGAAUAUCGACGUGAGUGCCACUGCUUUCUAUAAGGCGCAGCCGGUUGUCGAGUUUAUGUGCGAAGUAUUGGACAUCAGAGAUAUCAACGAUCAACGAAAACCGUUAACCGAUUCGUCGAGAGUGAAGUUUACAAAAGAGAUCAAAGGACUGAAGAUUGAGAUCACACAUUGCGGUACAAUGCGACGCAAAUAUCGUGUAUGCAAUGUUACCCGCAGGCCAGCCCAGUUGCAGUCGUUUCCCCUGCAAUUGGAAAACGGCCAGACAGUCGAGUGCACGGUUGCCAAGUAUUUUCUGGAUAAAUACAAAAUGAAGUUACGGUACCCGCACUUGCCGUGUCUUCAAGUCGGUCAGGAGCACAAACAUACGUAUCUUCCGCUCGAAGUGUGCAACAUUGUGGCCGGUCAGCGGUGUAUCAAAAAGUUGACCGACAUGCAGACGUCGACAAUGAUUAAGGCUACCGCCCGAUCGGCACCGGAUAGGGAACGCGAAAUAAACAAUUUGGUUACCAAAGCUGACUUCAAUAACGAUCCGUUUGUCAAAGAGUUUGGUCUGUCUAUAAGCAAUCAGAUGAUGGAAGUGAAGGGGCGAGUGUUGCCGCCACCGAAACUACAGUACGGCGGCCGAACCAAACAGCAGGCUAUACCCAAUCAAGGUGUAUGGGAUAUGAGGGGCAAACAGUUUCAUACGGGCGUCGAAAUCCGGACCUGGGCUAUAGCCUGUUUCGCGCCGCAGCGCACCUGUCGGGAGGAUUCGUUGCGCAACUUUACCCAACAGUUGCAGAAAAUAUCCAACGACGCCGGUAUGCCCAUCAUUGGUCAGCCAUGUUUUUGCAAAUACGCUAACGGACCGGAUCAAGUGGAACCAAUGUUUCGCUAUCUGAAACAAACAUUCCAGGGUUUGCAACUGGUAGUGGUCGUCCUGCCAGGCAAGACACCCGUCUACGCUGAAGUCAAACGUGUUGGCGAUACUGUACUCGGUAUGGCCACCCAAUGCGUUCAAGCGAAAAAUGUUAAUAAAACAUCACCGCAAACAUUGUCUAAUCUGUGUCUCAAAAUCAAUGUCAAAUUGGGCGGAAUUAACAAUAUACUGGUGCCCAACAUUAGACCAAAGGUUUUCAACGAACCGCUUAUAUUUUUGGGAGCAGAUGUAACCCAUCCUCCCGCUGGUGAUAAUAAAAAGCCUUCCAUUGCCGCAGUGGUCGGCUCUAUGGAUGCCCAUCCGAGUAGAUACGCGGCCACUGUACGUGUUCAGCAGCACCGGCAGGAAAUCAUUCACGAUCUGUCGACAAUGGUCAAAGAACUGCUCAUACAGUUCUAUAAAUCGACUCGUUUUAAACCCAAUCGUAUUAUCUUCUAUCGGGACGGCGUAUCCGAGGGCCAGUUUCAUCAGGUUUUGGCCCACGAAUUAUUGGCCGUCCGAAGCGCUUGUAUGAAACUGGAGGACGACUAUCGGCCAGGUAUUACGUUUAUAGUUGUCCAGAAGCGUCAUCACACCCGGCUAUUUUGUUCCGAUAAACGCGAACAAAUCGGUAAAAGCGGUAACAUUCCGGCCGGUACUACUGUCGAUGUCGGCAUUACUCAUCCGACUGAAUUUGAUUUCUACCUGUGCUCGCACGCAGGCAUUCAAGGAACAAGUCGUCCCUCUCAUUAUCACGUGCUCUGGGAUGACAACCAAUUUACAGCCGAUGAACUACAAUGUUUGACCUAUCAGUUAUGUCACACUUAUGUGCGCUGUACCCGUUCCGUAUCGAUACCGGCGCCGGCAUAUUAUGCACAUUUGGUGGCUUUCCGAGCCAGAUAUCAUUUAGUAGAGAAAGAGCACGAUAGCGGUGAAAGUUCGAGCCAUCAUUCGGGAACCAACGGUGACGAGAGGACAGUAACUGCACUGACCCGAGCAGUUACCGUACAUCCCGAUACUACCAAAGUUAUGUACUUUGCUUAAGGACAACCCACUCUCACUCACUAUAUCUCUAUCUCUCUCUCUCACACACACUCUCUAACCCUCUUAAUAGUCAUAUUUGAUCAAUAAUUAUAAUGAUAAUGAAAAUAUAUAGUAAAUGAAAUGAAACCAUUGAAAAAAAAUAACACUAAAACAACUAAAUCAUCGCUAAAUAUUAAGAGAAAUUUUUAUUGGAAAAAAAAAUAAUAAGUAUUUACGGAGGAAAUCAAUUAGUUUUAAAUUUUACACACAUUUCCACUAUACAAACAAACAAUAAAUC